ACUACAACUGAUUACAUGUAUAUAAUGAAAUGCUCAAUGAAAGAAAACUUUUCACGAGGACAUCUUACCAACUAUGGCAACAUAGAAAUCAGCCCUUCUGCUGGAGUCCUAAAUUAUGGACAGGGUUUGUUUGAAGGUCUAAAGGCCUAUAGAAAAACAGAUGGUAGAAUUCAGCUCUUUCGGCCAGAACAUAAUGCUCUACGGAUGCAAGCCGGCGCAAGGAGAUUGAGGAUGCCGUCACCAUCAGUUGAGCAAUUUGUCGAAGCUGUAAAGCAAGUUGUCCUGGCCAACAAGCAUUGGGUGCCUCCUCAUGGGAAAGGCUCACUAUAUGUUAGGCCUCUGCUCAUGGGAAGUGGGUCGGUUCUCGGAAUCGGACCUGCUCCUGAGUACACUUUCCUCAUAUUCGCAUCUCCAAUCGGCAACUUCUAUAAGGGUAGAGAAUCCCUGAACUUAUUGAUAGAAAGAGACCUCCAUCGUGCUGGACCUGGUGGAACCGGAGGCAUUAAAAGUAUCACAAACUACUCAGGGGUUUAUGAAACCGUAGCCGAAGCAACGGCCAAAGGAUUCACUGACGUCUUAUUCUUAGAUGCAGUAAGUGGAAAGUACAUUGAGGAGAUUUCUUCAUGUAACAUUUUCAUUCUCAAGGACAAUGUAAUUUCAACUCCAGCAACACAUGGAACUAUUCUGCCUGGUGUCACCCGAAAAAGCAUUAUCAAACUUGCUUCUGAUAUGGGUUACCAGGUGGAGGAACGCAAUGUUCCAUUGGAGGAUUUGUUGAAUGCAGAUGAAGUAUUUUGCACAGGAACCGCAAUGGUUGUGACUCCUGUUGCCAGUAUGACUUACAAAGAUACAAGGGUUGAGUACAAAACUGGAAAUGAAACAGUGACACAUAAACUUCACGCAACACUUACAGGGAUUCAGACUGGUGUUAUUGAGGAUAAAUUGAGAUGGACGCUCCCAAUUAAUUAA